AUAUAUUUAACUUAAAUAUGAAAAUGGUUUAUUUAUAUUCCAAUUGCAAUUAAAUCUAAACACGUUCAUUUCGCAAUUUCUUUUUUCAUUGCAGGUGAAGCAAGUUGCCCGGGAAAAUGUUUUCCGUCCUGCCGGUGAAAUUGUGGAGACCGUGAUGAAGGAUUUGAUUUCGGCAGAAGAAUUCGCUCUACCGAAACCAGAUCUUCUUAUCAGGGCCGCCAAUCUUCAUCGGCAGAAUCUCCGACCAACGGACCCAACUACGCUGGACUUCGUGAUCAAUACCAAUUUCAUCGGGCCAGACUUCGUUGCAGACGACAUCCGGGUAGACGACCAGAGGCACAUACUUCUUGCCACAACACCUCAGCUACAGCAGCUUAAACAGGCCAGGCGGUGGUUCUUGGAUGGCACCUUCAAACUGGUAAAACGCCCGUUUUACCAGUUAAUGUCUGUCCACGCAUUCGUCCGAAAGGGUGAAGAUGCCAAACAAGUACCACUCGUCUACGUACUGAUGUCACGGAGAACAAAGCAGGAUUAUAUUGCGGUGCUGACCAGUCUACGUAGUAUGCUGGAACGCCCGCAGGUUGAAUGGUUCAUGCUGGACUUUGAAGCUGCUGCCUGGCAGGCAUUAAGGGAAGUUUUUCCGGGGUGUGUUCUGAAGGGAUGUGUGUUCCAUUGGAGUCAGCGGGUUUACCGUAAAAUCCAGUCCGAGGGUCUUACCACUGCCUACCUGGAAAAAGAAGAUAAGUACAGGUUCUUACGGAAACUGCUGAGUCUGCCAUACCUCCCUUCAGAGCAAAUUCCAGCGGCUUUCCACCAGUUGAAGCAGCAAGCUUUAGAAGUCGGCGGCCCAAUCCUGCACGUGACGCAGUAUGUCCAGGGUACGUGGAUAGAAGGAAGUAUGUGGCAGCCGAACCACUGGAGUGUGUUCAGGGAGACGGUCAGGACAAACAACGACGUUGAAGGGUGGCACAGACGAAUCAACACCCGGGCUGGUCGGGCUGAUUUGGGGUUCUACCUGCUUGUACCUUUGCUUCGCAGAGAGGCCGAGACGGUAGAUCUCCAAAUCAGGCUUGUAUCAGCCCAUCUACUGACGAGGCUACACAGAGCAAGAUACGCCAGACUCCAUGGGGCAUUGUUUGACGCUUGGGACAAAUACGAAGACGGUGAACUGACGACGACACAACUUCUACGUAGAUGCAGCAACAUCGCGGGGCUCGGACCUUCCACUGGAUUUACCAACAGCGCGGUACAAGAAGAUGUAUAAAUUAAAAUCAAAGAAACUGACAUUGAAAAUGUGUGUUUUGUAGUGUAUUGUAUUGUACAUUGAAUGUGUAUGUUCUGUUGCUUCUUUCUCUUUUUCAGGGUUGACAUGACAUGUGUAUUAUAAUGUAUAUAAUUAUAUUGUAUUGAUAUUGAUUGUAAUAUUUUAUAAUGUAUAAAAUUAUAUUGUAUUAAUAUUGAAUGUGCUAUUGUUUCUUUUUCUUUUCAGGGUUGACAUGACAUGUGUAUUAUAAUGUAUAUAAUUAUAUUGUAUUAAUAUAGAAUGUGCUAUUGUUUCUUUUUCUUUCAGGGUUGUCAUGAUAUGUAUAAAAAUGCAUUGUGUAUUGACUGUGAUAUUAAUUGCUUCUUUUUCUUUUUCUUUUUCAGAGUUUACAUGGCAUAUGUAUUAUAAUGUAUAAUAUUGUAAUGUGUAUUGAAUGUGCUAUUGAUUGCUUUUUUUUUCUUUUUCAGAGUUGACAUGUGUAUUAUAAUGUAUAAAAUUGUAUUGUGUAUUAAAUGUGCUUCUUAUUUUCAUUGUUGAAUGAGUGUCUUUUGUGAUGAUGUAAAUAAAUGUAAAAAUAUAAAACGCUUUGUUUUUCUUCUGCAAAUACAUUUUGAUGAUAAAUUAAUUUCUAAUUAGAAACAUCAAUGAAAUGUCGGGAAUUUAAUGAGCAGAAUGUGCCACAAUUAGCACCUCACUGACAUUCUAGAAAUGCAAGGAAUUUAGCACAUUUUAAGUAUAAUAAUCAUCGAUCAUCAGUUAAGCUUUGGUGACAGUUACGCUAACUUCUUAAGAUAAGAAUUUUAAUUCUUUUACUAUAAAUAUACAUUUUGUAUAUCUAAAUUUUACUUUUUAUAGUAUUUGUUUUUUUUUUCUUAUCAAAUUCUUUGUAUA